GUUUGUGGCGCCGGUGGGCGGGCUGCACAGAUGAACCAACAACUGGGUGGAGUUUGAGGCACCGCUUUUAGGAAUGGGUCCCAAACCUAUUUAGUUAGACAGCAGAGUUAAGGAAGGAGAGCUGGAAGCACCUGAUGGUAUCUUUGGGACAAUCCGCUCCAUGCCACUGCCUUUUUAACGGUCGCGAGAAAAAUCUACCUCCAGGCGUCAUCACUGUUGAGUUUUUCCUCUUUCUCCUCAGAAAAAGUUCCAGCUGAUCUCUCCAUCUUCACCCAAAGAGUUAUCGAUAAGGAGACUUUGCACUAUUUUAUUUGUAAUUAUUUCUAUUUAUUGUAUUUUGCACUAACGAUGCACACCACGCAAAAGGACACGACAUACACGAAGAUUUUCGUCGGGGGUCUUCCCUACCACACCACUGAUUCAAGUCUCAGGAAAUAUUUUGAGGUUUUUGGUGAAAUCGAAGAAGCGGUGGUCAUUACCGACCGACAGACCGGCAAGUCCAGAGGUUAUGGAUUUGUGACAAUGGCGGAUCGCUCUGCUGCAGACCGGGCCUGCAAGGACCCCAACCCAAUCAUUGAUGGAAGAAAGGCUAACGUUAACCUGGCCUACCUAGGGGCCAAGCCUCGUGUGAUGCAGCCAGGUUUUACCUUUGGUGUUCCCCAAAUUCAUCCUGCAUUCAUCCAGAGGCCUUAUGGCAUCCCGGCCCACUAUGUGUACCCUCAAGCCUUUGUUCAGCCUAGUGUGGUCAUCCCUCACGUGCAGCCAGCAGCUGCUGCACCUGCCACCGCUUCUUCCCCUUACAUCGACUACACUGGCGCUGCGUACGCGCAGUAUUCGGCUGCAGCCAGUGCAGCCGCUGCUGCCGCCUAUGAGCAGUAUCCUUACGCAGCCUCCCCUGCGACCACGGGCUAUGUGGCUACCACUGGCUAUGGCUAUGCUGUCCCACAGCCUUUAGCCGCUGCAGCACCUGGAUCAGCCGCUGCUGCCGCCGCUGCCUUCGGCCAGUACCAGGCUCAGCAGUUGCAAGCUGACCGUAUGCAAUAGCAGCCACUACAAGUGUUGGGCAAGAAGAGAAAGGAGGCCGACCCACGACCACAGCAGAGUCAUUGUAAGGGGGCAAUGAGAAGAAAGAGAGAGUGGCUUUAAGGGUGGGCAUGUCAACAACUCCAAAGCAGAGUUGCUUUAAAAAGAAGAUGAUGAUGGUGAUGGUAGUGAUGACAAUGGUGAGGUGGGAACUUUAUACAGUAAUUUUCCAACUUGCUGUGCUUCAACCAAAAAAAAAAAGCAGAAAAUGAAAAAAAGUUAUAGAACAAAUAAUGAAAAAUAUUUACUAUUAUUUUUGUUGUUAUUACUAUGAUUAUUAUUAUCAUUACUAUUAUCAUUGUAGUAGAGUACUUUUUUCUAGAGGAAAACACAGGAACUAAUCCCAGUGGUUGGUAUACUGUAGGUGUUAAACUAAGCCUUUAAGUCCUAUUGCUGUCUUUAAUGUUAGUUUGGAAAAAAAAAUGCCUUUUUUCACUUGUGUUCUACAAGUGUUAUUUAAUGCCCUCAUAACAUUUAUAUUUAUUAUUGUUAUUAUUACACAUUGAGGGCUCUGCUUGUUCUUUUUUGUCUUUCAAAGUGCUUUUUUUUUGGAGUAAAUAUUUUCUGAUAAUCAGGGAAAUGGAACCCUUUCCAAUGUGUUAGCUAUUGUUAUGUGACCUCUGUCAGGAAGUCGAAGUGUCGUAUCUCGUUGUGUCACACACAUUUGAAGAACUACCGUUUUAUCUUCCUGAUGCUGAAUGUCCCUUUUUUCUAUUAUUUUACUGAGUCUCAACCUCUUCACCUAUGCAAAGUAAACAAAUCACUACAAGACAAAAAAAUACAAAGAAAAAAAAAAAAAAAAAAAAAAAAAAAACUCUGACUUGCCUCUCGGACUGAAGGGGGAGGGGGGUGGGGUGGUUGGAGAGUUUGACAAACAAAGCAAAAAGCACUGACAAAAGAAGAGAGGCUGGCUUCAGACAAUGAGAAACACUAAAUCUGUUGCUUUUCCACAUUUCACUCACAUGUAUACAUCCAGACCUGCACACAUAGCAGUCAAAGACAAAGGCAGCACAGUCAUGUAUCUCUGUGAUGGUGAAAAAGAAAAAGAGAGGUAGAGAGCAGCUGCUGGGGUGGUGGGGGGGGACAGAGCCGCUCCAGCGCCACACAGACGGAUCACUCUGGAAAGAACGCAUCACUUGUGCUCGUUUGUUGAGCUGUCACAUUUUAAUCCCUAGCCGAGCUCUUUGGGAACCAACUUUACACCCCCUCCACCCGACAUAGAGCCCCACGGCGGGUGCCCCCCACUCCCCCUCCAGUCAUUCAGCGCUGCUGUCAGCAUUUCCACCUCUGUGCUGCUGCAGUCUGGUGUCAGGUAAACACUCACAAACACUUUCACCAAAGCCACCCCAACAACUGGCCUGCCUCAUGUCUGUCAGGAACACCAGGUGGGGUGGGGAGGAUGGGGGUUUACUCUUUGAUGUUAUGUCGUUCUGUGUGCCUUACAUUUUUACAGCUAUUUAAGAAUUAAAAAAAAAAAAAAAAAAAAAAGAGAAAUCUACUAUUUAAGAUAUUUAUUUUUGAGGGUUGACUAUGUUGACACUCUGAGAGUAGAGACUUAGUGGCGGUACUGUAUUAAUAAUAUUAUUAUGUACUCAUCUCAAGGCCUAUAUAAGUUAUUGAUUAGUUCUAUUACAAGUAUUAUUAACAUACUCAACCAAAAAUGUUAUUGUAGGAGUUAUUUGAAAUACUGUUAUGUGCACUGUACUUUUUUAUCUUUUGAUUCUUUAGUACAUGACAUUAAAUAUUAGUUUAAUGCCUUUUGUAUGGAAGAACUUUAUUUAAGUGCAACCCUGUUUGCAUGCAGAUUUUACUUCUGUGUUUAGACAAGAGGAAAUAAUAAUAAUUUUGACAAAAAAAAAGCAAAAAUGCUGCUUUUCUCUACUAGAAUGUAUGGUUGUCGUCAAGGUUUCAGUAGCUGUGCUUCUUUUGCUUCAUAUACAUCAGAUGGGCUGUUUUACACUGUUGGGAAUUUUUAUACUUGAACUCUUUCUUACAAGGGAAAUAUGAAAAAUAAAUUACAAAAAAACUUUUUGAAGAAGCUUUUCGUUGUCACUGGAUGAAGGCUUGUAAAAUGUUGCUAUUUAAAUGCGAAGGUCCUGUUGAUAUUAAAACAUUUACUUCAGAUUUCCACAAUAUUUACUCAAAUUGGAAUAAAAUGUUCUAUAUUUGAAAGAAAGAGCAUGUUGGCAUUUUU